ACAAAUGUUAUUUUUCGUAUUUUUUAUCUCUUAACUUUUGGUUGUAGGAUCUAAAAGUUCAACUUUUUGUGCGUCAACUUUAAGGCUUAGGCUCUAUGACUGGAAUCCAUGAUGCACCUAAAAGAACGAGCGUGUUUCUCUUCAGUGCAUUUGCUCCAGUUUUCAAAGGGAAAACUUUUAAUUCAAUCUUGUGGACACGGGUUCAGUGAUAAUUCGUAAUCCAUUACUUGUUUGAAAGAUUGAGAUGUAAGGUGAAUUAUUUUAAAUAAACCCGCGUACUGAACUCUAACAAAUUUAUUGAGCCCAUACACUCUAUACUAAUAACUGUGAAGAUAACGAGACACAAACCCUUGUGAAGAUUGAACUAUGUACAGUGAAUUUACUCAUAGUUAACGUCGUUAACUGCAGACUGGUCGAAGUCGCGCUGUGCAGCCUCGCAACGAUUCUUCAACGUUCUCUGGCUCUUCUCUCAAAUUUUAUUACGUUCUGUGACGCCUGGUACCUAAGUCAACCACUACAUCAUAGCAGUAAUAUCAGCAUCACAACCACUACAUCAAAGCAGUAAUAUCAGCAUCACAACCGCUGCAUCAUAGAAGUAAUAUCAGCAUCAACGUUGCAAUAGAAGAGCUAGACGCCCCUGUAGAGCAAGAGAUAUGACUGUAACCUACACCCAUCACGUCGCAUCAUCCAAAGGCUUUGGAUGCUUCUGGAAGCUUCUUUUCAGAUGGAAGGGCAGCAUCUACAAGCUGGUGUGGCAAGACCUGUUCUUCUACAUGCUCCUGUAUGGCGCGUGCAGCGUCACCUACAGAUGUUUUCUCGACGAGCCACAGAAAAGAGUAUUCGAAAGGAUAUCGAUGCACUGCAAUCAGUUCACCGACCUGAUCCCAGUGGCGUUUGUACUGGGGUUCUACGUGUCCAUUGUAGUGCAGCGAUGGUGGAACCAAUACAUGUCGCUGCCCUGGCCUGAUUCACUCGCCCUCUUCGUCUCAACCUGCAUCCAUGGAGGGGACGAGCGGUCGCGUGUGAUGCGCCGCACCAUCAUGCGUUACGUCAACCUCACGCUCGUCAUCACGCUCUCUAUGAUCAGCCCGCGUGUCAAGAAACGCUUCCCUACUCUCGACCACGUCAUGGAGGCCGGUUUCCUAACGAGUCAAGAGAAGAAGAUAUUCGAGGCGAUGAACCGCAAGACGACUCACCCGAAGUACUGGAUGCCGCUAGUGUGGGCGGGCACGAUCGUGUCGCGGGCCCGGAAGGAGGGCUGGAUUCGGGACGAUUUUGCCGUCAAGUCCCUCAUCGAUGAGAUCAGCAAGUUUCGUGGCCUGAAUGGAACCCUGCUCAGCUACGACUGGAUCAGCAUACCUCUCGUCUACACUCAGGUGGUGACUCUGGCCGUGUACACUUUCUUCAUCGGCACGAUCAUGGGACGUCAGUUCCUGGAUCCUGCACAAAAAAUCCCAAACUACACCGUGGAUUUCUAUGUGCCGUGGUUCACGUUCCUGCAGUUCUUCUUUUACAUGGGCUGGCUGAAAGUUGCCGAGACGCUCGUUAAUCCCUUUGGAGAAGACGAUGAUGACUUUGAAGUAAAUUGGUUGAUUGACAGGAACUUGCAGGUGUCGUACCUGAUCGUGGACGAGAUGCACGAGGAGCACCCUGACCUCAUCCAGGACGUUUACUGGGACGAGGUCUUCCCGCAGUCUCUGCCCUACACCGUCGCCUCCGAGCCCUUCAGACGCAUGGCGCCCCAAGGCUCCACCUUCAACAUGCAGGUGCCCGACGCUGAACAGGAGAUAAUUCUGGUGCCGCUCGAGGAGGAAGAUGAGGAUGAGGGCGGCACGACUCAUCGUCGUCAUGUCAAGAUCGAUAUGAACCAGAGCGGGAUAAGUCGGGACAGCCUGCACUCGUCCAGCUCGGCCAUCGCGAUGAAGGUUCGCUCGCCCCGCGCCUCUAUGUCGGAGGGUCGCAAGGGCAGCGUCUUGUCCGUCUUAUUGAACCGCGUCAUGCACAGCAACGUCCACGACGCCAACGCUACCAGAUUCUCCAGGCUGGGAAGCAGUUUGAGCAUCAAAUCGAAACGGACGAACGCUCGUCUGAACAGAAACUCGUCCCGUCUCUCGACGAUGUCGCACGGUAGCAGCGGCAGGGAGAGUUACUCGAGACCAACUCCCAGGGGCGUCCCCAACAGCGCCUCUGUCGCGCGCUCUGCCAUCUCUGACGAGCUGGGCUUCGACGACUGCCAGUUGAGCCAGAACAGGGAAGUGCUGCUGGAUGAAGAGGGAGCCAUCCUUAUCCGCAUCAAGCCGGACUCCGAGCGCAGGCCUCAAUCAACCAAGUCUGCUUUUGAGUCCUCAACGUCACGUCCUUCCAAGACUGUCUUACCGAACACGUCGACGGCUUCUGCCUCCCUCAGCUCGUCACCCGUGCUCGGCGUCCACGUGGCGACGUCGGCCUCAUCGACGUCUCGGGCCACGGACGUCGCGGGACGGGCAGUGGGCGCGCGGCUGCCGCCCCUGCCCACGCCCGUGUCCAAGAAGACUGCAAACGGCCGGCACAGCUUGGCACCUCUGCAGAUGCGAGGGUCGCUGAGCUCCUCUGGUCACACCGCGGCGCACCUCCUCAGCCAGGAGCUCGGCAGCGACGAAGAAGUCGAAACUCCUUGGGGAAAUAAUGAACCUGUGAGCCUGGAAUUCCCCCUGUGCAAAUCGGGUGAAACUGGCACCAUCCGCAGGAAAGGGAAAUCUCCAAGGGACGAGCGCCUCGUGAGUGCGGUGUCGCAGCCGUGUGCCCAAGAGGACCUUCUCUCGCCCUCUGCAGGAGGUGUUGCCAGGGGCGCCAUGAUCAUGCGUGGUCUCUCCGUCCCCAAUGACUGGAAUGUUGAACAUAAAAUGCUCGACUAUAAUCAAGAUUUAAAUCAAAGUCACACUGAUUCAGCUUUGUGCAAGACCUCAGCUGUGGACAUACCUAAAAAAAAGCAGUCGAGUUUCGCAGAUUCUGGAGUUGCGUUCCCACCAUCAUCGCCUCCUCCCACCCCAAAUACUGUACUCGAUUUGCCCGGCGAGUUCUCAGUAGCGUCGCUGCUAGAACCAGAAUCUUUAAGAAUGUCCUUGUCUGAAAGGUUCUCAACUCUAAAUAAUGUAGACGCCGUCCAAACAAUCACAGAACCCGACCAACCCUCUCAUGUUCGUAAAUCGACUUCAAUUCCCGAAGGCUUAGACGUUGUUAAUGAAGAAAACGAAACCUACGAUGACGACAGCGAUAAUAGCAAUGCGAACUGCAAGCCCUCAACUUCCCCUCCUCAUCCUCCCAUCUCUUCUCCCCCCUCCCCUAAAUCUCUCAAAAAAAUGGAUUUCAUGAAAUCUGAACAUGAACCGCCGUUAUUUAUAAGCGAAAGUCCCAAUGCUUUGUCCUUUGAUGGACGACCAUAAUGUUUUUUCUUUAUUCCAAUUCAUUCGUCACAACAUUAUUCAUUUGUAUCUGAUGGUUUCAUCCAUUCACUAUGGACUCGUAUGAUUGAGAACCAUUUUCAUUUUGCACAGUCAAAUUGUUUUAUUUUUUUUAUCAUGCUCGUAGUCUUUAGCGCUGUAAAUGCAAGCCUUAUUUCGUCAAUAAAAUGUCUACUGCAGCAAGGAGCUUCCGAGUUACGUGUUUUGAAAAUCGAAUUAGCCACGCAUUCUCUGAUAUGACUGGACUGUGAAUUUUCAAGUUCUGAUUUAAUUAUUCUUAAAAUUUAAUUUUAAAAUCUGAAUGCCUCUCCUAAUAUUUUUGUUAUCAAAUCAGACUGUAAACACAAUCUGUAAGAGAGGUCGUUGAAGCAUCUACUUACUUGCCUUACAUUAUUUAACUUAUCUGCUAAGUGUCAAUUUUAAUGUAGACCACCUGGUUACAGCGAGCUCAUUAUAUAUCCUAUAUUGUUCGUACAAAUUUUAUUUAUUCAACGUUUUCCCUGUAAACAUCACAAGACUCCGGUAUUGAAUAGUAUGUGUUCAUAACUCAUAAGCUAUGUGGGCUUUCCUAUAGUUUUCUUAUGUUGGUCUCUCAUUUUGACGCACGGACCACUGCACUCUGCUGCAGUCCAACUUUUCAUGAUAUAGACUUUUUAAAUAUCUGCUCCAAGCAUCGCAUUAAGCAAAAUAUUAUGGAUUAAUGAUGGGUCUGAUCUCAAGCGCGUGUUGGCAUUUUCGCGAGCUACAAACUUGCCAAUAGAUACCAAAUGCACUACCGCGUAUUAGUAUCGUAAAUGGCCUCGAACUUCGGUUCGUCAUUAUGCUUAAAAGUGCAUGAUUUAAUAUUCUAGCUUACGCUUAUUGAUCUUAACUAUUCCCACGAAAUGAAAAUAAAAAUUUCUUAUCCAGGUGUACAA